GAUUUGGUUGCAAGUUCCCCACUUCGACCACCCUACGGUCCCUCGUCUGUACGUAUACGCAGUUUGUUGCCUCCGAGCUUUUGACGAAAGGAACUUCAACAUGCAGAGAAUGCAGGAGACAACAUCUAAACCAAAGAUGCCGAAAGGUAAGGCAGGGACUAAGCAAGCCGACAUUAUCUUCUACGGGGGUGACAUUAUCACUAUGGAGGAGUCCGAUGCCAAUUCACUGGGUAGCGCAGCAGAUCCUCCACCAAAGGUCGAGGCCGUGGCCAUCAGUGGUGACACCUUCCUGGAAGUGGGUACCAUGGAUAAGGUCUUCAGGCACGCCGGGAAUAAGACCCAGGUGAUCUUCCUGAACCAGCAGACGCUAAUGCCGGGUUUCAUUGAACCUCACCAGCAUGCCAUACUGUGUGCCCACAUGCGCAGCCAGUAUGUCAACAUCAGUGCCCUUAAAUACAGGUCCUACGAAGAUAUUCGCACCGUGAUGAUGAAAAAGAUAAGCGAGCUUGAGACAGACCCCAGCAACGAGGGCUGGGCCUUUUUCUUCGGCUGGGACGCUGAGCUCAUAUCUGACCUGCCGACUCUCAGCGCCAACUUCCUGGAUACCAACUUCUCUUCCACCACCCCUAUUGUCGUGGUUGGACAGAGCGGUCACGUGGCCUGGGUCAACAGCCCUGCUCUUGAUGCACCGCCACCUAUCGGCAAAGAUUAUGAAAGUCCGCCAGGAGGGACCGUGGUGCUGGAUGCCGAGGGUUAUCCAACUGGCCAGCUCUUUGAGGAGCCCGCUAUCUCGAUCGUCAUGGGGCAAAAAGCCCCUUCGCCCAACGAAAAGAUGAUGACAGAGGCAUUCCUGCAGCAGUGGAAGGCCUACGCUUCUGCUGGUUUGACCACCGUAACUGAUCUUGCCUACAUGCCGAACCAAAGGUGGACGAGAUUCUGA